UUAGGGGGGAUCGAACGAUGGUCGGCGAGGCCAAAUCCUAAAAGACUACGAGGGACAAAUUUUCCAGGUCAAGCGAUGGGGGAGAGGGCGGCGCUUCCACUCCAUCGCGCUCGAUUUCCUCGAAAUAUCGUGUCUUAAGGGCCCCCGCGAUCGAUCUGGGAGGAGUCUGCCCUAGGGCGAGAAUGUAGCAUCAGAUUGCGCGUCUAGAGCAGCAGCGAUGGCGGGAUUUGGAGGCGUGGUGGUGUCGGAUCCAUCUCUGGCGAGUCAGUUCACUCAGAAGGAGCUGCGCUACUUGAAGACGCAGUUUGAUUUGCUCAAAGAUGACUCUGGACGGAUCACCGCGGCUGGUUUGGAGCAUGGCACUUCGAAGCUGGGAUUUUUCCAGCAGGCGCUAACGCCGGAGGAGGUCGUUGGAAUCAUGAAGCAGCACGAUCCAGGUUUUACCGGAGGCCUGGAUUUCGAAUCUUUCCUUCAGAUGUAUUUGCAUCUACAAAAGAUUGGAAGCCCGAAAGUUAUCGGCCCUCACCGAACCUCCGCGUUUCUAAAGGAUGCCACAACAAUGCUGAUUCAUACGAUCAGUGACUCGGAGAAGAAAGCGUACGUUGAUCACAUCAACAGCUACUUGGCCGACGACUCCGUGUUGGAUCCUGUUUUGCCGAUCGAUGCAUCCGGGGGCGACUUGUUUGAAAUUGUCAAGGAUGGAAUUUUGCUGUGCAAGCUUAUCAACGUGGCGGCUCCUGGAACUAUCGACGAGAGAGCAUUAAACAUCAAGAGCAGGCUAAAUCCUUGGGAAAGAGUCGAGAAUCAUAAACUGUGUCUGAAUUCAGCGAAAGCGAUCGGUUGUUCUGUUGUCAAUAUAGGAACGGAAGAUCUUGCAGAGGGCAGGCCGCAUUUGGUUCUUGGUUUGAUUUCUCAAAUCGUGAAGAUUCAGCUUCUUUCGGUUGUCAACCUGAAACAGACACCAGAACUAGUGGAGGUGCUGAACGAUAGCGAGGAAGUUGAAGAGCUCCUGCAUCUACCAGCCGAGAAAAUGCUGUUGAAGUGGAUGAACUUCCAUCUGAAAAAAUGUGGCUACAAGAAAGAAGUUACUAAUUUCUCUUCUGAUGUCAAGGAUGGUGAAGCUUAUACAUUGCUUUUGCAUGCGUUAGCACCUGAAAGCUGUAGCCUGGCUCCUCUGGAAAAGGAUGGGUUGGAAAGGGCGGCAUUACUACUGUCUCAAGCAGAGAAAAUCAACUGCAAAAAGUACUUAUCACCAAAGGAUGUUGUUGACGGCUCUGCAAAUUUGAACCUGGCAUUCAUAGCGCACCUUUUCCACGAGCGAAAUGGUCUGACGCUGGACACCAGCAAGGUGGCAGUAACAUUUGCCGAGAUGAUCCAGGACGAUGAGCAGGACACGAGAGAGGAACGCGCGUUUCGCAUGUGGAUCAACAGCCUGGGAAUGGACACUUACCUUCAUCAUCUCUUCGAGGAUGUUCGGGAUGGAUGGGUUUUGCUCGAGGUUCUUGACAAGCUAAACCCGGGAUGUGUCAACUGGAAGCACGCAAACAGACCCCCGAUCAAGAUGCCGUUCAAGAAAGUUGAGAACUGCAAUCAGGUUGUGGACAUUGGAAAAGGCAUGAAGCUGUCGCUAGUGAACGUAGCAGGAAACGACAUUGUUCAAGGAAACAAAAAGCUCAUUUUAGCUUUUUUGUGGCAACUGAUGAGAUAUAGCAUGCUUCACGUACUUAAGAAGCUGAGACUGCACGGCAAAGAGGUCUCCGAUGCGGAUAUUCUACAGUGGACAAAUGAGAAAGUUAAGCGUGCUGGUAGAGAGUCGAGAAUGGACAGCUUCAAGGAUAAAAGUCUGGCGAAUGGUAUCUUCUUUCUCGAUCUCCUUGCUGCUGUGGAGCCAAGAGUAGUGAACUGGAAUCUAGUUACAAAGGGAGAAACAGACGAGGAUAGGAAGCAAAACGCAAACUAUAUCAUCAGCGUGGCACGAAAACUUGGCUGCUCGAUCUUCCUCCUGUGGGAUGACAUUGUAGAGGUGAGGCCAAAGAUGAUCUUGACGCUCGCAGCGAGCAUCAUGCUGUGGGAUUUUUCGUCCAAAUCCAACAAAGCUACGGCCGCGAGCGCUGUUCCAGAGCUUGGGAAAAAAGAAGAGGUGAAUGGAGCAAAUGGAAAGGACGUGUAAAGGUCGAUUGCUUUGGUUUUUUGGCUUUGCAGAGAGAUUGCGUGAAAUAGGCUGGUGUAAAUUGUUUUUGUACAUUGUGAGAAUGUUCUAUUCUUUUGCAAUAAGAUUCGACCAACGGCAAAUUUUAGGGUU